AUGGCGAAAUUCCGAAGUGAACUUCGUAUCCCAGUAGAACUGGAUCAACGCAGUUUCGCGGACAGAUAUCGUGAUCGUUUAGAAUCUGACUGACAUUUCUCAAACGGAUCAAAUAGCCCCACUGAUUUCGCCGACGGUAAUGAUUGGUUUGAGGAAAUGCGUCGUCGUUUCGACGAACGUCGUCGACGCUGGGAUGAAGAUGUGAGACGAAUGCGGCGGGAAUUUUUCACGCUCAGUCCACGUCAGCACCAGCAUCACCAUUUGACAAGAUCACCCAGCCCUCCCAGGAUGCUGUUACCUCAUUCGCGUACUCUGUCAUCAAGUCAGCCGUUCUCCACCACAUAUGAGACCGACCCAGACGGAACGGUGCGAUUUGUGGCCAAUUUCGACGUGUCUGGUUUCGAUCCCGAGCACAUGAAGGUAACUGUUCGCGAUAAUGAACUGCUAGUGACCGCUCGAACGGAACGUAGAAUGGGGGGAAAUUCCACCACUCGUGAGUAUACACGUUCAGUGAAACUACCCACCGGGGCCAAUGAUCAUUUGGCAGCAGCCACGUUAACCAGUGAUGGGAUUCUUACCAUCAGUUGCCCCAUCAGGCGUCAUAUACGAUCACGCAGUUCCGGUCGUCUGGAAUCUGAUGUACACAGUACUGACACUCGUGACUCUUUCAGUCCCCCUAGUGAUAGUCACACCUCCGGGGAGAAUACCGCUGCACAGAUCGUUGACCGUACAAGAACGAGACAUAUCGAAUCUGGCUAUCCAUCUUCCAGUCUAUACACUUCACCCACAUCCACUAGAAGUUGGGGUACACCGUAUCGUCGUUCAAUGACUAGUUCCGUGGCAAUGCGUCCGAAAUUUCGAUUGGAGUUGCCUAUUGAUUCCGACUAUUCUCCAGCUGAGAUACAAAUUCGAACCCUAAAUCGUCGUAUCUACGUGAAUGCUCGCCACGAGGAGCGUGGUACCAACCGCACAGCAGUUCGAGAAUUUUCCAAGGAGUAUGAUAUUCCAGACAAUGUAGAUCCGGAAAGCUUGGAAGCGAAAUUCGAGAACGGUAUGCUCUAUAUUGAAGCUGUGACUAACUGA